AUGCAUAACGUCACUAGACUCCUAGCCGGGCUCUCGGCUCUCUUACCUGCACUCGCAAGCCCUACAGGCCACGCCAAGAACUGUCUUCAGCUCCAAAUUCCCGUGACGGCUUCAGCCAACAACACCCGCUACAGCUCCGUCACAGUCGAAAACAACAUCGACCUCGUAGACUUUGUCUGGGACACUUCGACCUGGUCACACGCCAACAGGAGUACCCAGGUCCUUCCUGUGCAUGGUACUUAUUCCAUCAGCGCUCAACUGUGCAUCCCUGCCGAUGGCAAGAAGUCGGAUGUCUUGCAGAUUGCGACUCAUGGGCUCGGCUUUGAUAAGAGAUACUGGGAUCCUGAACUCAAGCCCGAGGAGUACUCUUAUGUCGAUGCUGCUCUUGCGAAAGGUUACUCUAUCCUCACGUACGAUCGUCUCGGAACCGGCAAGUCCACUAAAGCCGACGGAUAUAACGAGGUUCAACUUGGAUUACAAGUCGCGAUCCUGAAAGAGCUCACUAUUCUCGCUAGAGAUGGGAAGCUACUCGUCUCAUCCAAGGUUCUCGGCAAACGUCCUCAGAAGGCUUUCUUCAACUACAGGCCCAAGAAGAUUGUUCACAUCGGACACUCUUUUGGUUCCGCCACGACAAGCGGUCUUCUCUCUCUCCAUGGCAAUCUUAGCGACGGGGCUAUCCUGACUGGAUUCCUUCCCAAUAACCAAAGUGGCAAGGUCGGGGCUAACACCUUCGGCUUUGAGUUUGCGCGACAGCAUGACCCCAAGCGCUUCAGCGAUCGUCCUGCUGGAUAUGCCGUGCAAGCAAGUCUGAGUAGCAUUCAGCAGAUCUUCCUUAAGAAGGGAUCUUUCGAGGUCGAAGCGCUUGAGUAUGCUGAGAAGACCAAGCAGACUGGUACAGUUGGAGAGUUGUCCUCUGGUCUUAUUGUGCAGCCUGCUACUGGGUUCACGGGCCCUCUUCAGUACUUUAUCGGCGAGAAUGACUACCCUUUCUGCGAUGGCGAUUGCAACAACACGUAUGAUAUGGAGACACUCAAGGGUCUUAAUCCUGCAGCAACUCAUAUCAGUGUACACUUACAGCCUGGUACAGGCCAUGGUCUCACUCUUUCGACUAAUGCCACAGCAGGUUAUGAAGUCAUUCUAGCCUACCUGGGCUCUCAAGGUCUUUACGAGUUUCACGAGUUCAAUUUGCAGGAAAGGGUACAAGGCAACAAUAUUGGCGUUUUUGUCUAUAGAUUUUCAAUCCUUUAA